GCGUACCUUAUUCCUUCAGAGUAAGCCCAGCACAAGUACAGAGCUUGAUAACCAUGUCUUCGAAACAAUAGACCUCUCUCAACAGCCUCUCCCCCUCUCGUAGGUGUGUCCCAAUAUGGCUCCUUCCGCGAUCCAACAAUCCCUCGCCGUCCUCAUCCCAACCUAUUCGCAGAAACUCCCUCCACAACUCACACACCUCGCCGAAUCCCUCCUCGCCCAAUCUCGCCAGCGCGCCUCACACCUCAAACCCGAAGAAGAGAUCGCCCGUGCCUACGCAUGCUGCGAAAUCGCUUGCAAACGACUCCGCCCGACAUGCCGGUUGCCCGCUGUGAAAUCCAGCGGCGCACCAUGCAAGCCGGCCGUGUACAAGAAACUCCUAACGUUCCUGGAGCGUGUGCUCGACGAAGACUCAGCGCAGACACCGAAGUCGACACCUAAUGGGAGAAAAAGGGCGGUUGACGGCCAGAUCAAGCCGGUCGAGCCUACGCCUACUACGCCGUCCAAGACGGGGAGAGGAGGCACGCCCGCAAGUGGUGGCUUUCUGGGCAGGAUCAGAGCAGCAUCCGGCAAGACUACGUCAAGAGAUGGAGAUGGUACUGGGGCAGAGGAUGAAGCGCCCAGCUGGCUGAUGCCCUCGAUCCGCAAACUCUGCCGGCUCUGUUCUACCCCCUUGCUCGCGCCGCACGUGUACACAGGGACAUGUGUCGUGCUCAGACUCGCUGGGCUUUGGCCACGGCCGGAAGAUGGAGGAGAAGACGCAGAAUCAGACCAAAACUCAGUAUCAUUCAAAGAAGACGUCACGGGCCUGCUCAUCGCCCUGUACCUGAUGACGUUAACGCGCAUGAAGACCGGCAACAUGACCACGAGCGUGUACAAGAGCACAUGCUCGAAGUCUGCCGAAGAACUGGAAUACAAGCCUGCCGCAAGCGGCGUAGAAGUCUGGAUCCGGCGCAUCAAUCGCGAAGGAUACUGUGGCCAGCAGGACUGGUGGGUUAGUGUGCCGGAGGGGGUCUUCGAUUUCGAUCCGAACAAUAAAGACUCUCGCGUCGCUCGCUCAGCAAGUGAUGACGUUGGAGAGAAUGAGGUGGAUGAAGAGGAGGAUGUGAUUCUGUCCUCUAAACGUAGACGGAAAACGAGCGGAUCCGGAGAAAGCGAAGACGAGGAUGACCCAGAAGGCGUGCUACUGCCGGGCUUGCAUACGAUGAUGCAAAAUGCUGUGGAUUUCUUGAGCGAGGAACGGACGAGGGACUAUGUCAAUUGGAAGAAACAAUUUCUGAGGAAGUUGGAUAGAUUGGACAAACGUCCUGCAGCUAGUGCUACAAGAGCAACUGCUGUACAAUAAUGACGAGGCCGCGACGUUCUCAAUGCAUAACAUGAUGAGAAGAGUGCUCCCUUUCCCACAUGUCAUGGCAAUGAGAUG